AUGGACUUGGAGGUCAGUGAACCAAUAGACUUUAGUUCUGGAGAUCAUCAACAUCUGGUUCAGAAAGCAGCAGAUGAUAAUAUCCAGAGCAAGUCUGCUCGGUCCUACGGAACUUCAUCUUCAACUCAUGGGCCACAACAAACUCAUGGGAAUCCACACUCCAAAGCUGGUGAGCAAGGGGAUACCUAUGUGGUAGAAAUUUCAGCAGAGACCACCACAGAGGACAGCAAUCCUUUAUCUGGCCCAUUCUCAGAAGCAGCUAUCCGCAGAGCUUUCAUCGUAAAAGUGUUCUUCCUCCUGUCAGUUCAGCUGCUGAUCACCGGGGCAAUCAUCAGCCUGUUUCUCUUCUGGAAGGCUUUAAGAGUUUGGGUGGUCAAGAAUCCCUGGUUCACCUACGCACUCUUGCCAGCAUUUUUUGUUGUAUUUAUUAUACUUGCUUGCUGUGGGAAGCUCCGCCGCCAGGUGCCUGCGAAUUACAUUCUCCUGGGAUUAUUUACAAUUCUUCAAGGUCUGCUGCUAGGAACCGUGUCAGUUUUCUAUAAUGCCGAGGAAGUGUUGUGGGCAACGGCAGCAACCGCUCUAGUGACGAUAUCACUCACUUUAUUUGCUCUUCAAACAAAAUGCGAUUUCACCUUGCUAAGUGGAAUGCUGUUUGUUUUACUCUUCGUACUUAUUAUCUAUGGAAUUCUCUUAAUCUUCAUACGAUCAUACUGGUUGCAUCUAUUGUAUGCUGGACUUGGAACUGUGAUCUUCUCACUCUACUUGGUGAUGGAUGUACAGCUGAUGGUGGGAGGGCGCCAUCAUCAUUCUGACCUGCACCCUGAAGAGUACGUUUUUGCUGCCCUGAACAUCUACAUGGACAUAAUCAACCUUUUCCUUUUUAUUUUGCAACUGAUUGGACUGGGACGGUAG